UCCUAAAUACACUCAACCUACAUAUAUUUGCUGCCAUUUAGGUUUUUUUUUUUGUUAUUAUCAAGAAAAUGGGUAAUGAUGAAUUGAUUUUGCUAAAUUUCUGGCCAAGCAUGUUUGGAUCCAGGGUUAAAAUUGCACUGGAGGAGAAGGGACUCGAUUAUGAGUACAGAGAGGAAGAACUGCCAAACAAAUCUCCCCUGCUCCUGCGAAUGAACCCGGUUCACAAGAAAGUCCCGGUUUUGAUCCACAAUGGAAAACCAAUUUGUGAAUCAAAUAUUAUAGUCCAAUACAUUGAUGAGGUUUGGAAUGAUAAAGCUCCAUUGCUUCCCUCUGAUCCCUAUGAAAAAGCUCAAGCUAGGUUUUGUGCUGAUUACAUUGACAAAAAGUUAUAUGAAGCUGGAAAGAAGAUAACAUGGUAUAAGAACAAAGAAGGGGCAGAAGAAGGUAAGAAAGAAGUGCUAGAAAUCUUCAAAGUGUUAGAAGGAGCAUUGGGGGACAAGCCUUAUUUUGGAGGCGAAAACUUUGGAUAUGUUGAUAUUUCUCUUAUUGGAUUUUACAUGUGGUUUCAUGCCUAUGAAACCUGUGGAAAUUUCAGUAUAGAGGUUGAGUGCCCUAAGCUAAUGGCAUGGGUUAAGAGGUGCUUAGAGAGGAAGACUGUUGCCAAGUCUCUAGGUGAUCCCAAAAUUGUCUAUGAAAUAGUGCUCAAGUUUAGAAAGAGUUGGGGUUUGGAUUAGAGUUGUGAGGACUUGUGUUAUGUAUGAGAAUAAGCCCGACUAGUUGAAUGCCAUUCGGACUAACAUAGAGUUAUGUGUCGUCUGUGUAUUCUGAGUUGUGUGGUGAUUUUCGAUGUCUUUUUAAUAAAGAAGACACUUAGUUCCGUCCCAAGUCGAUUGGUUUUUUAA